UGCAGGUCCAGCCUCCGAGUCCGCGCCAGCCGCGCGUCCGCCGCGCCGCGCGCCCUCUGCCCGCUGCUGGGCCCCUCCCCCAGCCGCCGUGGUAGGGCAGCGCCUGGCCGGGGGCCAGCGGGCGGGCCGCCCUCCCCACAGCAGCACACCCCCCUCUUAAAGUAGCGGCGGGAAGAUGAGGUUUCGGGAGCCGCUCCUGGGCGGCAGCACCGCGAUGCCGGGCGCGUCCCUGCAGCGGGCCUGCCGCCUGCUCGUGGCCGUCUGCGCUCUGCACCUUGGCGUUACGCUCGUGUAUUACCUGGCCGGCCGCGACCUGAGCCGUCUGCCCCAGCUGGUCGGGGUCUCCACGACACUGCAGAGUGGCUCCAACGCCAACACCGCCGCCGCCACCCGUGGACAGCCCUCCGGGGAACUCCGGACCAAAGGGGUCCGGCCGCCACCGCCUCUGGGUACCUUUUCCGAGCCUCGCCGGGGUGGCAGCAGCGCCAGCGUCGGCCCUUCAAGCAACUUGACUUCGGCGCCGGUAGCUCCGACCUCAGCCCUGUUACUGCCUGUGUGCCCUGAGGAGUCCCCGCUGCUGGUCGGCCCCAGGACGGUUGACUUUAACAUCCAUGUGGACCUGGAGCUCCUGGCAAAGCAGAACCCAGAGGUGAAGCUGGGUGGUCACCAUUCCCCCAAGAAUUGUACCUCCCCGCACAAGGUUGCCAUCAUCAUCCCAUUCCGCAACCGACAGGAGCACCUCAAGUAUUGGCUUUAUUACCUGCACCCAAUCCUGCAGCGCCAGCAGCUGGACUACGGCAUCUAUGUCAUCAACCAGGCAGGAGACUCCAUGUUCAAUCGUGCCAAGCUCCUCAACAUUGGCUUCCAAGAGUCCCUGAAGGACUAUGACUACAACUGCUUCGUGUUCAGCGAUGUGGACCUCAUUCCCAUGGAUGACCGGAACACCUACAGGUGCUUCUCCCAGCCGCGGCACAUUUCCGUCGCCAUGGAUAAGUUCGGAUUUAGCCUGCCUUAUGUUCAGUAUUUUGGAGGCGUCUCAGCUCUGAGUAAACAGCAGUUUCUUGCCAUCAACGGAUUUCCUAAUAAUUAUUGGGGCUGGGGAGGCGAGGAUGAUGACAUUUUUAACAGGUUAGUUUUCAGAGGCAUGUCCAUAUCACGCCCAAAUGCUGUGGUGGGGAGAUGUCGCAUGAUCCGUCACUCCAGAGACAAGAAAAAUGAACCCAACCCUCAGAGGUUUGACCGCAUCGCACACACCAAGGAGACAAUGCUCUCAGACGGGUUGAACUCACUCACCUACCAGGUGCUGGACAUACAGAGAUACCCGUUGUAUACCAAAAUCACAGUGGAUGUCGGAACACCAAGCUAGCGUUUCGGCAUGCCCAGAAGAGACCUGAAGGUGGCCAGAGACCUCUGCGGGGUCUCUACCACCCUGCUGGGCUGGUCCCUCUCAUUUCUUAGCCAUCUGAGCGAUAGGUUCCCCCUACGCUCAGCAGCCAGAAGCUUCUCCAAGAGACCAGGACCAGUGGGAGAUUGCCUGUACUCCCCAGCAAGGCACAGCACGUGACUUCUUAGCCCCACCCGGUGUUUGUCAGUGUAGGAGCUGUCAGCCUUUGAGGGUGUGGAUGGGGUAGGGCUUGACAUAUUCCUGGCAUUGUGGCAAAGAGUCAAGGCCACGCAGUCCCAAAGGCAGUGGACGUGGAGUUCAUUCCUUGUGAUGAAACUGCUCGAUGGUUAGGAAAUGGGUCAGAAUUAGUGUAGUGUUCUUCCUACUUCAUGAAAGCUGGAUGACUGCUGCUGAAAUUAGAUUGGCGUGCUAUAUAUAUAUAUAUAUAUUUUUUGAUUGUCA